ACCGAAACGCGCCCUGCAUGCCGACAUACCCGCUAUUCGCAACCCGUUCUGUGUUUGUAUCGCACGUUCUCCGUUCCCGGGCGUCGUGGAUUAAAAUGUUCACUCGUAAGGGAAAAAAAAAAAUGCUAAAGAUUUAUUGUGUGCAAAAACGCCGCCAGAUUCAAGAAAGGCAGCAGAAAAGUGCAUGAUGCGUGGCGAACUAGCGGAGCUACCGUGACUAGUUGCUUUAGUGAUCUCCAGUAAAAUCGAAGAGCUUUUUACAACGCACAUUUACGUCAAGUUUCUUUAUCUUUUUAUUUUUGUUGUCUUUCUGUUUUUCGCCGGCCUUAAAUGUGUACUUUCAAUCUGUCGGCACAGGCAAUUACACAAAUGCCACGACGUUGUAAUUAUACACUUAUAAGCUUGAAUCCCGCGCUUUUGUUUUAUUCCCUCACAAAUUUGCAUCGUAUUUUUAUUUUGUGCGACUCUUUAAUAAUAAAUUAUGAUGGGAACAUCUGGUUGUAAUGCUUCUGCAAUGUGUCAGACUGACUUUGACAUCUUAAUGGGUAGACGCUUAUGUCAGGUUAUUGUUCUCGUUCGUAUGAUACAUGCUGUAAGCAUUUAUUAGUGUUCUGCAGAGCAAAAUUAUACAAAGAGUUUGUGUAAUUUCGUGUUUUGCAUAAACAUGUCUGUCACAUGCAUUCAAGCUAUGCAAACAACAGCCAUUUUGAAAUGACUUUUGAAGUACAUGCAAAAUAACAAAUUAUGUGAAUCAGUGUUUAAUUGAGCAUUACUUGAAAUGCUAACUUUUUCCUUUAAUGUAGAUUACAUUUUGACAGCUUAAGUCCUGCACAAGCUCCAUUCAAGUCAUAUUGGAAUAACUGCAUUGGAGCCAGGCGAAUCACCGUUGUUCCUAACCCAGGCCAGAGGGUGUCGCGGCAGCAGUGACAAUCCCCACUCAGGAACCCCGCUUCUAUCUGUGUGAAAGUAAGGUAUAAUACUCAUAACAGACGCUUCUGUCAGGUGGUGGAGUAGUUUCCACCAGGAUGGCAGAGUUGGAGACGGAAUGCAUCACUUUAGGACUAAACAAUUUGGUGUCGGAGUGCGGCACGCCGCCGCCGCUUGACGCUUUACAAGCAGAGUGCACCACGCCAACCCUGACCAUGCUGUCAUCAGAAUGUAGCACGCCGACGCUCAGCUCGCUGGCCUCCGAGAUCGUGGAGCCAAUGGCUAUGCUGCCAUGCAUCAAAAGCGAGCCUGACCUCGACCCCAUCCGCACGGUGGACUUGUCCGUGAUCCAGCCCCUGAGCACGGCCGAGCUGGGCUCCGAACAGAUCAAGAUGGAGAUCAGCGGCCUGGACUACAUCAAAUCGGAGCACCACAGCGACCUCCAUUCCUUCCACAGCACGGAGCUGGACUCCUACAAGUCACACUACGAACCCAGUCUGGUGUUCGACUACAUCACUCACGUCUCGGACAGCUUGGAGUACAUCAAGUCGGAGCAACAUUCAGACCUCCACAGCUACUACGCCAGCGAGCUCGGUGCCAUCAAAACCGAGUACGAACCCAACCUUAUGUCCAGCCAUAUCAAGACUGAGAUGAACGGCUUGGAGUCCAUUCACAUGGCGGAGCUGCGCACCGAACUCAACAAGCUCCGGCCCGAAACCGUCAUCGACAGCAUGGGGAAAAUGGACUCGGAUUUCCAGUCAGGAAACCUUUAUGAACUGACGUCUGUCCAGGCGAGCAAAGCGACUGCCGCGCACAACCAAACCAGCACAAAAGGCCAUGCGCCGACUCCACGCAAACCUCGCAACCUCACAGGAGAGAAGCCGUUCUCUUGCACUCAGUGCGGGAAGAACUUCAGCACCCUGGGUAACCUGAAGACCCACCAACGCAUCCAUACCGGCGAGAGGCCUUACACAUGCUCCCAGUGCGGGAAGAGCUUCGGGCAGGCCGGUAACUUGAAAAGGCACCAGCUCAUCCACACGGGGCAAAAACCUUACACUUGCGCGCACUGCCCGAAGGGUUUCACCAAAGCGGACGACCUCCGCUCGCACCAGCGGCUGCACACAGGCGAGAAGCCGUUCAGUUGCGCCGAGUGCGGUAAGAGCUUCGGCCAAACGAAGGAACUCAAAGCCCACCAGUUGAGCCACACGGGAGAGCGGCCCUUCUGCUGUUCGCUGUGCGGCAAGAGCUUCACUAAAGAGACGAGUUACCGCAAUCACCAGCAAAUCCACAUGGGCGAGAAGCCCUACAGCUGCUCCCAGUGUGGCAAAUCUUUCAGCAAUUCAGGGGUCCUCAAAACGCACGAGAAGAUUCACUCCGGGGAAAAACCGUUCGGCUGCACCCAGUGCGGCAAAAGUUUCGGUCGCUUGGGACAUCUUAAAGCACACCAGCAAAUUCACACGGGCGAACGGCCGUACACUUGCCAGCAGUGCGGGAAGAAUUUCAGCCAAUCAGGUCAUCUCAAAGCACACGAGCAGAUUCACAAAAGAGAACGGCCCGAUCUUAGCAGUGGCAGCAGUCGCAGUAACGAUAGUAGCUAAAAGAAACCUCAUUACGUCUCAAAAGUAUUACUCUUUUUCUUUUUUUCUUUUUUCUUUUUUUUUUCUCUUUUUUUUUUUUUUUUUUUUUAUAAAAG